GUAUGAGUUGUAGUGUUAGCUGACAGUAGGCUUCGCGCUAGCGCAAAGAGCGAACGUGGUCGCGUUGUAAAAGUGCGAUUCAUCUGAUCUCUCGCGAGUGUAGCUGCAGCGAUCGAAAAACGAACACAACGACUCAGGCAUGGAAGUGGCGGGUCAAUGGCGCCGGGAGUGGGCUGGAACCGCCGAAUACGGGAAGGUGAUAGAAGGCGGUGUUACACGACAAGUCGCUCGCGCUAUGGAAGUUCUGCACGCGAGUGCUCCGGGCGCGAAGGUGCGAGUAAUGCGCGCCGCCUACCACUCCUCUGCGGGUCCGGGAGCACCGGCCUCUUCCUACAUGAUGCACUCCUCCAGACAAGUUAUAUCAUCGGGGUAUAAUUUUUUAGAACCAUCAUCUUUACCGUCGAAACCAUUAGAAAUAUCUUCAACGCCUUUAGAAUUAUUACCAGACAGUGAAGUAGAAAAAGAAAAUUACAAAGUUACCGAACCGGACGACUAUGAUAUAUCUGAACCGUCUAAAUGGAGAGGUUCGUCUCGAAAAAAUUCAAUUCGAAUGCCUAGCGAGGAAUCAUCUUCAGCAGAUAAUGCAAGUAUAAUUGAUCUUGAUUCUAGAACUAGUAGCAGAAGCACAUUAAGAAGGAGUUUCCAAAGUAAACAUAAUGAAGAUAAAAAUAAAAGUCAUAAUAUCAACACAAGAGUUUCUCCUCUGUUGGAUGCACCGGUUGCACUAAGUACUCUUAAGUAUACAUCUCUGUUAAACGGCAGUGAUGACUGGAAUAAUAGAAGGAAAAGUUAUAGCUUUGAGGGUACAUCUCCUAUCAACAAAAGUAUGUCAUCUGAGAAUAAUUCUUUUACCAUAGACUCAUCUACUGAUAGUGGUAUAUGUAAAUCUUCAGAAAUUGUUAAUGAUCAGCUAAACAGCAAGAAACACCCUAAUAUUUUUGAAAAAAUGGGAUCCAAUCAAGAAGAGACUUUUACUGAAUGGCUUUCAAGAAAUAGGUCAACUUCAUAUAAGGAGAUGAGCCCACCUAAACCUAUUCAUAUUCCAGAACCUCAGAAAAAUGAAGAUAAAAUUACAGUAAAAUCAUCUGGCAAAGUAACUAUAACUUUGCCUAUAGAAAAUUUUAAAGAAAAGCGAACUGAAAUAUCUAAGUAUGAUGACAGUGACCGAAGGACCAAAAAAGUUGAAUUUUGUAAAACUGAGUUGCAUUUUGCAGUAGAUACUGGAACAGUUAAUAUUAUUGCUACCGAUGAAAAACCACCACCUUCUAACGAUUUUAGAAGAAGAAGAAGUGCUUUCGUUCCUUUAAAUGAGAAAAUUGAUAAAUCAAUUACACUUUUUGGAGAACAAAGCAAAUUAACGGAGAAUCAUAUCCAUGAAAGUGUUAUCUCAAAUAGCGAGAUAGGCGAAACGGAUGAGAAUACAGCAGCUACUAAAAGUAUUCUCAAGAAUAAAAUCCCGAAACCCAAACCAUAUCUUCUAGGAGAGAACAUGGCAUUUGGGAAUUUUAAUGAUAGUAUAAAUGAUCUUGACGCAAAGAAACAUUUGGCAACUAUGAGUGCCGUUUCUUUAAUUAAUCGUCAACUGCAAUCAGAAAGACGACACAGUAAUGAAACUAAUUCUAGCUGCGAAAGUGAUUUGAGUACUGUUCUCAAUAAUACCGUUGGGGCAGGAAGUAAAGGUCCACAGCUGCGAGAUAGCUCAAAUUAUAAGCAACCGAAAAAUUUAAUUAUUGAACCUUUAAAAUAUAAGUCAUCAGAUGUGAAAAAUUCUGCAGUGUCUCGUUCACAAAAUAGGCUUAAAAUAAGAGAACUUCGUGGAAGUGAAUUAGCCUAUUUUGGAGUCGACGAUAAUGAAAAAUCUAAAGUUAUCCACAGUCAAGAUAAUAUGCAAGAAGAAAUAUUUCAUUCUGUGAAAUUAGUUCAACAAAUAUCUAGUAGUGUUUGUAAUAGCGAAGCCGAUUCUGAUGAAGCUCCUGAGUAUCAAAAUAUUUUACCUAAGUAUAAUUUUUCCGUUACACCAACUCCAAAACCGCGUUCGAUAUAUAGCGAACAGGUACGAAAAGGGGCAGAACCAAGAAUUUUAAAACCAAUUGUUGAACAAGAUUUGGAAAAAUUUACUCAUUCCGAUGGAGAUCGAGUAAAUUCAAAAAAGGGCAAAGAAACACAUAAAUCUUCGCAUUUUGAUAACAAUGCAUCUUCAAGAUGUACGAAAGAAAAAGUGUCAAGGCAAAAAGAUAUUAAAAUCAAUCUUACAAACGAUUAUUCAUCACUAGAAAGGAGCAAAACUGCAUCUUUGAAAAGAGUUAAGAACAAUAAAGAAAAUGAAAGCUCUAAGUCGUUACGUAACAUAAAAUCAGAUAAAUCAGAAUCACCAUUAUAUAUUAACCUACAAACAAAAUCAGACCGGAAAACUGCCAUUUCUGAAGACAAAAAUCAAAGAUUAAGUGAUCAGCGACUUUUAACAAGUACAAAUGACUCCAAAUCAAGUAAAUCUUCUAAUAAAAUAAGAAGUACAGGGACGGGUGAUAGAGGCGACGUAUCCGAUAAAAUUAAGGAACACCAUAAUGUUGUGAGUAGAAACAAUAAAAAUGAAAUAAAGAAAGAUAGCAGUCAACAACUUAAAAAAAAUCCAAGGCGGACUGAAAAAUUAACCACUCCUGAUCAUUUACAAGACAAAUUUAUCAGACAGCGCUCUUACGAUAGAAAUAAAUUCAACACAAGUAUGAGCAAUAAUAAGUAUGAUGUCUUUAAUACUAACUCACUAAAGAAAAAAGAUAAUAAAGAUAUUUCAAAAAUUGUUGUAGCUAAUAUUAGUAAACCUAUAACGGAACAUGAACCAAAUAUACCAAAUGCUACAAAAACUAAGAACGUAGAUCGACCGAAAGAUAUUCCGAAUGAAAAUAAAACGUCCACAAAAUCAAAUGAAGAAAAUCAAAGUUUUCAAUAUGCUAUGAAAUUAAGUACCAAUAAAACAGUAAAGACAUCAAGUUCCAAUACAAAACCCGACAGGUCAUCAAAAUCAAAACGUAGUAAAUAUGUAAUAAAUUAUGAUGAUAAAAAUGGAACUGUUUCUUCCAUUUGCAAAAUAAAAUCGGUGCCUGUCCAGCUCAUCAAUGGACAGUCGAACACAAUCAAAGAGGAUUUAAGAAACAAAAAACGGAUACAGAGUGUGCACUUACAAAGAUCUUGCCAACUGCUAUAGCUCAAAGUUUUUCAUGUGCUUAUUAAGGUGAUAUAUUUUAAAUAUACUUGUACGAAAAAACAUACAUGGAUGAAAAUAGUUGGUAUUAUUUAAUAUUAAUAAUGAUCUCACAAAUUAGUAUUUAAUAUUAUUUUAACGUCUACCUAACACUGCUAUUACAUAACAUAAUAAUAAAUGAUUACAAAUUA